AUUUUCCGUUGUACUCUAACGUGAAUUCUCUAUCCGAUAAUAAAUAAAUUUUGAAAAGGUUCUAUAUCAAUCUUACUCUUAUAAAAGUGCAAAUAUUGGGAUAUUUAUUAAAUCAAAUUUCAUGUUAUUUUUCACGUUACGAUUAAGAAAGAUAGAUAUUAGCGUAACACAUGAAAAAACGUCACAUUAUUGGUUUUAUGAAAGAGAGACGAUCGCGAGAGGUGUGUGUAUGUAGAUCAAAAUUGAUAUGGUGAAUUAAAUUGGAGAAAAGAAAAAGUUUGUCUUGUGUAACUUUAAAAAAAGUUUUAAAAUAAACAUUUUAUUGCAUCGUUGAUGCAUAAUGAACACUCCAACUAGAGAAUUUUUAAGAAGACCAGACGGUUCCCGUAGAAGAUCAGCACGUCAAGCUUUAGCAGUUAUUCCUAACGUCCCGGGUAUGACAUUUUCACCAGGAGAAAUGCUUCCUAUUGAACAAAAUACAAUGGACAAUGUAAUGAAUAGUCGGCAUACCGCAGAUUCUUGGAGUCAAGCUCCUAGUCCUGAUGAACUUGUUAUUCAGAAACGUGGAAGACGACGAAGGACUAUAGUUUGGUCACCAGAUUUAGAUGCCUGCAAGCGUGACAGCUUAUUAAGUUUAAGUUCCAGGGAUCGAACUCCAGUAAAAAGUCCAUCAAAGUCAACUAUGAUAUUAAGAAGUACACCUAGAAAAAGAUUAUCACUUGGUGAUUCCAAUGAGUCUAGAUUUACAGUAUCUGAAAAAAAAAGGAGGACACCUUCGAAAUCUAUGAGCGGGAUUGAUUCUUCAAUACAGAAAAAGUUUAAUGGAAAUUUAGUAAAUGGAUUACGAGGUCUUAGCCAUGAACAAUUGGUCAAACUUAUUACAGAUAUAAUAUCUAUGCAAGAAGAUGGUAAUCUACGCGAAGAUGAAAAAUUAAAGGAUGUUUUUAUGAAUAAAAUGCCAAUGGCAGAUAUACAACCACUGAGAGAAAAACUUUGUAAUUUAAGGCAAAAUAUCUAUGCUAGUCUUGUUUCCUCGAAUGCAGAGGACUGUGCAUAUAGUCGUGCAUACAUACACUUAGACACAUUUCAGAAAGCAGUAAUUGAUCAAGGGAAAAGACUUUUGGAAUCACAACAUUGGUCAUCUUUGAUACAAUAUGUUUUUGUAGCAUGGAAUAUAACUAAAGAAUUACCUGAAUGGGAAAGUCAAGGUUUAGAUAAUACGAAUUAUAAAUGUUUCAAAAAUUUAGCAUUAUUUUGUAGACGUGCGUUAACAGAAGGAUGCUUUAAUUUAUCUACAUUGAAUUUGUAUAGAGAAAGAUUGGAAACCAUGGUGAAAGAUUGUGAAGAAAUAAAUGGUUGUUUACAGCUGCUGAAAGAAAUCAAUCCGGUUAUUGUCUAGCGUCGUAGUAUUAUUUUCUUAUAUAUUAUUUAAUAUAAUAAUUUAUACAAAUAGAGAAAAAGAUGAAGGAGUA